AUGAAGGAACUUCUCGACUCGGACAGAGUCAACUAUCUCAUCUGGAGUGCACCCCGUGCAGACUAUCGAGAGACGGCCGCCAAGCUGCAGAAAGAGUGGCGCGUCCAGGCGCCUCACCGGCACUUCGACUUCGCGCCCCAUGUAAAGAACUACGCACUUGUCGACGCCCUCAACAAGGGACUGAUCUACCAGGGCCUCGAGAGGGACUACGCGCAGUCUCAGGUACCUGAAGCCGCUGCUGCAGCGGCAACCACCGGUGAGCCCCGUGGAGUCUUCGGCCCCCUUUUGCCGCAGGCGCCCGUCAAUUACGAUCAGCUGCACGACGACGAAGAAGAGGUUCUUCUGCCUUCGUCCGAGACGGCUGUUGGUCACGAUGAGAAGGCACAGCCUCGGCUGGCAAAUGGGAAUCCCGCUAAGCGGCCGAGGUUGGGCAAUGCCAACGGCCUGGAGAAUGGGGCGGAUACGGCCGCGAGCCCAAUGGAACUGGACCACCACCAAUCCGACGGUCAUGCUUAUCCCUCCCCACUCGAGGGAGAACAGGCCCCAGCCCUGGCCCCACGCACCGAGGGCCCUGACCACGCAACCCAGACCGAAAAGGUCGACGAGCUCGAGUCCAGGACCGUCUACCUGCGGCUCGCAAAUGAUGAGCCCAAUUCCUCUUCUUCCAUCGCCGCCACUCCGACUGCAGAAGUGUCGCACCUGCGGUCUCACCAGAACCCAAUCCUGCUGCACUGCGAGUGGAACCCCAACGAUCCAUCCCGCCUCGCCGCAGCCGGUACUGACGCGCUAGCCCGCGUUUGGACCGUCUCGCGCGCCACCGGCCCGGAGCAGGUGGCUGAUCACGUGGAUCCCGGCUGGCCCUCCAUCAAUCUGAUCGAUGAGGAUUUCCCGCCAAACUCGAGGAUCUCCGCCAUCUCCUGGGCUUCAGACGGCAAGCACAUCGCCGUCGCCACCGAUGAUGACCAGAAGGCCCGCAUCGACCUGUGGGAUAUGGAGGGAAACCAGGUGCAACACUGGGACGACUUCGAGGCCCCCAUCGUCAAGCUGCGAUGUAAUCCCUAUGGCCGUCAGACGCUGUGCGUCUCUCCAUCGACGACCAAGACCGCAUCUAAUCAGCCUGACGGGUGGAUCGCCACCCUGCUGCCGUCGGCGUCAGCGAACGUCGUCGAGAGGCCCCUGCCCGGCUAUGACGAGAGUGACGAGCCAGAUGCCGACUGGAUCAAUGAGACCGACUUCGUGCUGUGCAUCAGAACCAAGCUGGCCAUCUUCAAGCACACUGGCGAUUCCAUUAUCCAGGUCAGAGAGUUUGUGACCAGGGCAAACGACCCUUUGACGGCGGUUCAAUACGACGGGACCCUGGAAACGGGCUGCAUCGCAGCCGCAACCGCGAACGGCUACAUAGAUGUCUGGGAUGUAUCCGGUGAACGACGUUCCAGUGAUGCACCUGCACAUGAUGGUCGGAUCUCUGUCCUCCAAUGGCAGCCGGUGCAGGGUGCGAGGCCCGAAAAUGAGCGACUACUGGCAUCUGGCGGCGAGGAUGGCACAAUCGCUAUUCGCGAUGCCCGCAUGUCCGACAACAAAGCAAAGUUCGAGAUGACUAUUGACGCCAACCCCGUCCUUGCUCUCUCCUUUACGCCCGAUGGUGCUUUCAUUGCCGGCGCCACUCGGGAUAGAGUCCUGAUCUGGAAGGUUGGUGAAUACACAAUGCCGCGGGCACAAUGGAGCAGGACCAGUCAGCCAAGCAGAUUAAGUCCCAAGGUCAACGGCACUGCAGAGAUAGAGGACCAACACUGCCUAUGCUGGGAUGCAAACGGACAGAGGCUGGCAUUUGGUGUGAAUGACUUGCUUGCUGUUAUAAAUUUCCGGUGAUAACUUGAGUCAACGUUCUUGAACUCUAUUCGGGCUUGUAUGAUGCUCGAGUCAUACCUUACAAAAAAAGAUCCAAAAGAAAUCAGCCAACCUGAGCUGAAUAUAUGACAUCUGGGUGCUCCUCACAGCAAAAUUUGGACGACAAAGUUCAAAAUAUAUGGCACUUGUCACGGGAACUCCGAUCUGUCCUGCAACAAAAGUCAAUUGCUUAUCUCGGGAGCGAACCUUUUCCCUACAGCUGCAAUUAUAUUCUUCCACAGAGGGCACGACGAUGUACAGUCCCAUCACAAGUGAAGCGAUCUGAUUGGCUGUGGAUUCUGGAAUGACUGAUUCAGUAUGACGCGCAACUUGUACUAUGAACCGGGCUCCAGCAUUUCAAAAGAAGGACAGCAGCAUUACACUCAUGAGGACCAGCCAUCUGGCAAGGUUUUGAUGUCAGCCUGCAUAGGAAGUUGGAUUUGAAAGGCGGAUCAUACAAGCAGUCAGACAGGGGACGUGGUUUGUGAUUGGAUCAUGUGUCCAUAGACUGGCAUUGUCAAUUUGGCUCAUAUACAUCUGGGCCUGGCGUUCAGGAGUUCAUUCUUUUUUGAGGGUGUGGGAUGUGGGCUUGCAAUCAGCUGUGAUACUGUUAUUGUACAUCUCAACAAAGAAAAAGUGGUCGGGGCCCGGGGGUGGGGAUGGCUGGUUGUCCCUGGAUUAAAGGGGUGUCUGCAAAGGGGGAGUAGACAGACAGUGCAAUACUUGGGCGCAUCGCCGUGUAUCCUACAAAGCCAUGUUAUGUUGACUUGUCAAGAAUAAACUAUAUUCCCAGU